AUGCAUAAAGUUGCUGCCAAGCAAGCACAAGCACUGAGAGCCAGCGCCCAAGACACGCUCGCGCACGCUGUGAAUCUCUGCGGGAACUCCAAAGAUCUUGGGGAGCUCAAGCGCAUCCACAAUCUCAUCACCCAGACUCCACACUCCCACAACACUUUCCUCCUCAAUCUUCUCGUACGAAUGUAUGGCAAGUGUGGGAGCCUCAACGACGCACGCUUGGUGUUUGAAUCCAUCCCGGAGCCCAAUGAAUUCUCCUGGACAAUAAUUGUCUCAGCAUUUGCCCAAAAUGGGCAGCUAUAUAGCGCGAAGGAGUACUUUGACAAGGCUCCGAUUAAAACCCUUGUUACUUACAAUGUGAUGAUCACUGGCUAUGGACACCAGAAAAACGUCCACCAAGCGCAAGAUAUCUAUGGUCGGAUGUCGUCAUGGAACGCCGUCACGUGGAAUGUGAUGCUGCAGACAUUUGCCCAAAACCGGCAUUUGCAUAACGCAAGGAAUUUGUUUGACCAAAUGCGCAUUCGCGAUGAGGUUUCCUGGACGACGCUGAUCUGCGCCUACCUGGUCAACGGGAAUCUUGAAUGGGCGUCUUCGAUGCUUGAAAAGAUGCCUGCUCACGACGUAGUUGUAUCAACCGCGAUGGUUUCGGCGAAUGCUCAAGCGGGGCAAAUCGAUGAAGCCAAAUACCUGUUCGAUCAAAUGCCGAUUCACAGCACUGAAUCUUGGAAUGCUUUAAUGAAUACUGGAUUGUCAAGUGCUGAAUUGUGCAAAUCUCUCUUCGACGAGAAUCCUGCGCGUGAUGUUUUCUCGUGGAACACCCUCAUAUCGGUACAUGCCCAGACCGGGGAUUAUCAAGAAGCUUUCCAGAUAUUCAAUCGGAUGCCCGUACGAAACACAGUAUCGUACAACCUCGUAAUCGCGGCAAAUGCCGAGGCCGGGAAUCUUUGGCAAGCGUGGCUUAUCUUUGACGAGAUGCCGUGUAAAGAUUCGGUUUCCUGGAACUCUUUAAUCCAGGGGUAUGCCCAACUUGGGUAUGUUGACGAUGCCAGAGUCAUGUUUGAUACAAUGGUUGCAAAAACCAUUGUAUCAUGGAACAUAAUGGUGACUGCCUAUGCUCAAGUUGGUCAUUCUUUGAAAGCGAUCCAUGCCUUCAACAAGAUGCCGACUCACAACGUUGUUUCUUGGAUGGUUGUCGUUCAAGCUUGCAUCGAUUCUAGUCUUGCAUCGGAGGUGUUGGAGCUUAUCGACAGGAUUCCUGGCGAUGUUCUCACCCCAAUAUUGUGGACUGAGCUCUUCACCAUUCUCGUCAGCAACGAAAAGUUUGGAGAGGCCAGCAAUCUCUUUAGAAACAUGAGCCAGCGGGACGUAAUCUGCUGGAACGCGAUGAUUUCUGCGUGUGGUCACAGUGGACACAUUGCUGAAGCUGACGAUCUGUUUGCCAAAAUCCCUUGCCGGAGCAUAUCUUCGUGGAACAACAUGAUGGCCGUGCUUUCCAACGCCGGUGAAAUCCUCCAGGCAAAACUGGUUUUCGAUGAUAUGCCCGUGAGAGAAGUGAUGUCGUGGAACACGCUGAUGGCGACAUUUGUUCAGCAGGAAGAUUUGGCUGCUGCUUCUCAAGAAGUCUUUGCAAAGAUGCCGUGCCGGGACCUCGUCUCUUUCAACUCGAUGAUAAGUGCGUUCUGCAAGAGCAACCAGCUGAAACAAGCCAAGUCCGUCUUUGACGAGGCGCCCGAGAGAGAUUUUGUUUCCUGGAACGCAAUAGUGGCUGCAGAUGCCGGCGGAAGCUGUAACGUCUUUGAAAAGAUGCCGCACUUCAGCAUUGUGGCUUGCAACGUUAUGCUGGCGGUGCUUUCCCGAAAAAAUCUCUAUGCUUCCGCGAAGAAAGUCUUUGAUGAAAUGCCGGAAAGGGAUGUGGUGUCUUGGAACACGUUUGUUGCAACAAAUGCCCAAAGCGGGGAUCUUGAGCUUGCGGUAUCCACCUACACGCGAAUGUCUUCGUGGAACUUGGUAUCGUGGAAUUCGAUAAUGUCUGUAUACCUAGUCACUGGCCACGACCAAAAAGUGAAAGAGAUCCUAGACGCCACUCCCGAGAAGGACGUGAUCACCUGGAACACUAUCGUCACGGCAUUUGCCAGCUCGCGUCCGAGCGAAGCCCUCGCAAUGUUUCGCGAGAUGCUGCUCGACGGCGUCAAUCCCGACGAGGUCUCAGUGACCGGGGCUCUCGCGGCACUGAGCCACUUGGGCCAGGCGCAAGACUGCUACCAGUUCUUCGUGGGGAUCUGGAGCGACUUUGGCGUGAAUCCUUCGCGAGAGCACUACUGUUGCGUGGUCGAUCUCCUCGCGCGGCUGGGGGAAUUGGGCGACGCGGAAGAGGUUACCAGAGUGGUGGACAAAACGGUGAGCUCGACAGUGGCUUGGGGGUGCCUGUUGAGCGCGUGUAGAGCCCAGGGAUCGCUAGAACACGGUGUGCGAGCUGCCCAGCACGCCAUAGCACUGGAACCAUGGAAGAUCUCGGCCUACUCGAUGCUCUCCAAUGUUAUAGCUUGCUAA